AUUCAAUAUGGCGGCAGAAUCGACAGAAGACAGCGUAGGUGAUGAAAUGUCAGCAAAUGGUAACAGUUCCACUCGAGAUCAAUGGGUAUCGUUCGAGGAAAACUGUGAUGUACCAUUACUGCCACAGCCACCCAGCCAGGACAAUAGUAUGAACUCAGAAAAAUACAUUGAUCGUUUAGAGAAAAAGUUGCAUCAGAUAAAAAAUCCCUCAAACAUAACAAGCAAAAACAUUGUGUCUGCUUUGACUGAAGCAAGAGAAAGCCAGAUGAGCACUAUGAUGGAUGAUGAUACCAGGACUGCAUCUUCACACCAGACAAACAACAAUCGGACGGAUUGGGACGAUGAGAUUGCAAAACCAAGUUGUUGUUGUGUUGUAUUAUAUAACCAUUUAUCUCCAAAACAGGCCAAAACCACACAAGAGGUUGAGUGCCUCCUUGAUGAAGAUGAGUUGGCUAUAGUAAAUUCUGAAUAUGUUGACAAUAAUAUGCCUAAUCAACAAGCAGUAAUGACAUAAUUAAAGUGAAAUGUCUAAUCUUAAAUAUCAAUUUAAGCACAACUAACUUGUUCAUUAGAAUUGUAGAUAAUAUAUUAUGUAG